AAACGACAACACAAUAUCUCCACAUCUAAAUUCCAACUUUACCUUUUCCUACCAUUAAACACUUGAAUCUGUUUAGCAUCCAAACUUUGAAUUAUGAUUCAGACGCUUCUGCUGUUACUAUCUUCCUUCUUCCUCUUCUUCAUCCUUCCCAUCCUCUUCUUCUUCCUCAGGGAUUCAUCCAAAGGUCUGAAGAAGAAAGAGACAGCUUCUACAGCUACCACCACCCUCCCAAAAGCAUAUCCACUCGUUGGUUCCUACUUAGCCUUAAAAGCCAUCGGCAACCGUCGUAUACAGUGGUUCUCCGAUAUUGUCAGAGUCUCACCGGCCGCCACCUUCACCUUCCACCGCCCCUUGGGCCACCGCCAAGUCUUCACCGCCAACCCCGCCACCGUACACCAUAUUCUCAAGACCCAUUUCUCCAAUUACCAAAAAGGCACCCUCUUUGUUCACACCCUCUCCGAUUUUCUAGGCACAGGAAUCUUCAACACAAACGGCGACAACUGGAAGUUUCAGAGACAGGUCGCCAGCCACGAAUUCAACACUAAGUCUCUACGCAAAUUCGUCGAACAUGUCGUGGACGCCGAAUUCUCCAAACGCCUCGUCCCCAUCCUCGAUUCAGCCGCAACACAAGACCAAACUCUUGAUUUCCAAGACAUUCUUCAACGAUUCGCGUUCGACAACAUCUGCAAAAUCGCGUUUGGCUUCGACCCCGAAUACCUAACGCCGUCCGUUGAACGGAGCAAGUUUGCGCAAGCCUUCGAAGAUGCAACGGAGAUCAGCAGCAAACGGUUCCGUGAGCCAUUACCCAUAGUUUGGAAAAUCAAGAAACUACUUAACAUAGGAUCUGAAAAGAGACUGCGAAGCGCAGUUUCGGAAGUUCACGAAUUCGCGGAGAAAAUAGUGAGAGAGAAGAAGCGUGAACUGGAGGAGAAGUCCUCGCUUGAAUCUGUGGACAUGCUUUCGCGGUUCUUGAGUUCGGGGCACUCCGAUGAGGACUUCGUGAAGGAUAUUGUGAUAAGCUUUAUACUCGCGGGCAAGGACACGACGUCAGCAGCGUUGACGUGGUUUUUCUGGCUGUUGGCGAAGAACCCGCGUGUGGAGAAAGAGAUUGUGAAGGAGAUAAGUGAAAAAUCGGAGGCUCCGGUGUACGAUGAAGUGAAAGAGAUGGUUUACACGCACGCGGCGUUGUGUGAGAGCAUGAGACUGUAUCCUCCUGUGCCGAUGGAUUCUAAGGAAGCAGUAAACGAUGAUGUUUUGCCGGAUGGGACAGUGGUGAAGAAAGGGAUGAUAGUGACUUACCACGUCUACGCAAUGGGAAGAAUGGAGAGUAUUUGGGGCAGUGAUUGGGCUGAGUUUAGGCCUGAGAGGUGGUUGGAGAGGGUUGAAUCGGGAAAGUGGAGGUUUGUGUCGAGGGAUUCAUUCACGUAUCCAGUUUUUCAAGCAGGUCCUAGGAUAUGUUUGGGGAAAGAAAUGGCUUUUAUGCAGAUGCAGAGGUUGGUCGCUGGAAUUCUGAGGCGGUUCGCGGUAGUUCCAGCUGCGGUGGAACAAGGGGUGGAGCCCAACUUCAUUUCCUUCUUGACUUCCCAUAUGGAAGGUGGGUUCCACGUCAAGAUCCUCGAAAGGGUUCAUUCUAAUUGAAGCCGAUAGUCGACACUCGACACUAUUACUCUUGCUAUCAGAGACAUAAUGUAUACAUGUCGUUUUAUUUAAUUGUUUUUUAAUAGAAAAUAACUAUUUUUCAUGGAUUUCAACAUAUACAAGAACGGUUGAAUUGGUGUUAAGCAACUGAGGAGUUCUUGAAUUUGUUUAGGAAAACGUUUCAUGGAUAUCUCCUUGGGUCUACACACUUAGAGAUAGAUUAGAAAAUAAAAAAGUCCAUAAAUAUAAUAAAUAAUGUAAUUGUUUGGGUGAAAAUUUUAAAUUUACUCCCUUGUCAAUUAUGAUACAUGGUUGGAUUGGUACCCUCUUAUAAAUUUAAAAGAGAUUUUGUACUAAUUUAACAUAAUUAACGAGACUAAUAAAUAUGAAAAAGAUAUAUAAAAUAAGAUAAAUAAAUAAAAUUGAAAAGUAAAAAUAACUCAAGACAAUGUUAUAUUGAAUUAAUAAAUAAAAAAUAACAAAAUAUAUGAACAGUAAAUUUAAAUUACAAACUCAAAAAAUCUACACACUCGUUGUUUUCCAUAAUGUUGCCAAAAUCAAUCAUGAUAUGCGAAUUUAAAAGGUUUUCUCGAAAUUUUGCCUAAAGAAUCUCUAGUAUAAUGUUUGCAACCUUG